CUUCCCCGCCUCCCCUCUCUCUCUCUUUCUCUCUCAUCAGCCCGAGCUCUGCGAGCUCCGCCGCGGAGCAAAUGGCUUCGCCAGCGGAGCCCCCGCCGCCGCCGCCGUCCUCCUCCGACGAGGCCUGGCGACAUCACGCGCCCAGGCGCGCGUUCGUCCCGGCGUCGAACGUCCAAACCCCGCUCGCGCUUCCCCUAUCGUUCAGGCCCGCGAUGAAGCACCACCGCCACGACGACCAUCCCCUCAACCUCGACGCCCUCCGCAGGUCGCUCGCCUCCGCGGCCGACGGGUGCCUCGGAUUCCUCCACUCCGUCGCCUCGCGGAGCCCGCUCGUCGGGAAAGUCCUCUCCUUGCACUCCGACUUCCGCAGCAUCUGCCGACAGAUUCACUGCAGGAGCUCUAGGAAUGUGAUCUCGCUGUCGGGUCACAACUUCGCCGCGGUGUUGCCCGGCGGUGACUCGUUGGCGGGGCUUGUGGUGGCCAAUGGCAUAUCGAAUUUCCUGAAUAUCUACAACACCCUGUUGGUUGCCAGGCUCGUCUUGACUUGGUUCCCGAAUGCUCCUCCAGCCAUUGUCAGCCCUCUCAGCACCCUGUGCGACCCGUACUUGAACAUAUUCCGCGGAAUCAUACCGCCGCUCGGAGGGACUUUGGACUUCUCUCCGAUCCUGGCAUUUCUCGCCCUAAAUGCCUUCACCAGUGCCGCAGCUGCUCUUCCUGCGGAGCUUCCUCCAACAUUAGCGUCUCAAGAAAAUGCUGCUUCUUGCAUCAGCUCCGCAACGACUUCCCAGAAGAAAUGGGUGAGACGGCUGAGCGGCCACAAGCAAAAGAGCACAACGGGUCCUUUUUAGGCCAUUUUUCAUCGGUCACUGUUUAUGUUCUUUGAUAUUCCUUUUGUAUCCACAGACACGGAAAGCUAAGUAUGCUAUGAUCAUGUUAUUCUCUAGAUAAUAAUGCUCAUUUUGCUUAGUAUUUCACUAUUCAA